GCACGCAUCUCUAGGCCGCCGAACGAAAUUCGUCAAAAGCGAGCUGCAGAAAGAUUGAGCAAAACUUCUUCGGGACCCGAUCUCAGCCAGAUCCCACCUAUCGAUAAUGGAGGAAUGAGAAAAUCGGAGAGCGCAAAUCGACUCUCUGAGGUAGGAGAAAAGAACCUUUUUUUUUUUUUUUCAAGUUUAUAUGAUUUGAUUAACAAUUUGCAAUUCGCUGCAGAGAUAGAGAGAUAUUCGUAUAGAAUCUUUGCAUAAUUGGUAGUUUAAGGUAAUGGUUGAGUUCUAUUAGUUUGAAUUUUGAUUUUGACUUGAAUGUGUUCUUUUUAUGCUUGUUUUAGAUUAGGUUUGCCAACCUCAAGUAGUUAUUACAAAACCAUACUUAUGUUUGCAAAGUGCUGCCGUGAUGGAAACUUGGCCUUUUGAUUCUGUGAACACGGAUCACCUCCUUUGGAGUCUGGGAUUCGCAUACAUCAGUUUUUGAAGGAGUUUUGAGCACCACUUUACUUGACAAGUCACCCAUAUCUAUGCCAUCCAGUAGAUGGUUAAAUGCUGAUAAAAGCCCUUUCCAGCUAACCUUUGUUAAUCAGGUGAAGCGAUGUGCAGAGAUGUCAAGAAAGCUGCGCUUUUUUAAGGAUCAAAUCAGUAAAGCUGGUCUGCUUGGGUCUAUACGUCCAGUUUCACAACCAGAUAUUGAGUUGGAGGAAUUAGAGUUUCAACUUGGUGAGCACGAACAUGAGCUAAUUGAAAUGAACUCUAAUAGUGAAAGACUUCGACAAUCAUACAAUGAGCUCCUGGAGUUCAAGAUGGUAUUACAAAAGGGGUUUUAA